GUUUAAUUUACCAGAAAGGCACCAGGACCAAAGACUGAAAACAGCAGCGCUAAAAAGGCAAUUGCAAACGAGUGAAAGAUAGGACACCUUGUGAUGAAACUGUCAGGUCUAAUAAUUAUUUUCUUGGUCUCUGCUGAUGCCGUUGCACCAAGGACCUUUAUAUGGCAGGAGAUUAGAAAUUCACCCUGUGUCCGAUGUUGUGACCCCACAGAGAAACCAGUCUCACCAAACAAUGGGAAAGAAUUUAUCUACUAUUCAAUGCCACGAAUCCAACCACGCAUAGACCUGACUAUUCUUAAAGGUAACAAAGGUGAAAUGGGUGAAAACGGACCUCCAGGAAUGCCAGGAAGAAAUGGGGCAACAGGAUUGCAAGGAUACCCCGGGAUAAAAGGCCAAAAGGGGCAAACAGGUCCACCAGGGAAUUCCUACAAGCUUCACUACGCAGCAUUUUCUGUUGCCCGUCGAAAAUCAUUUCACAGCUCUGAUUAUUUCAAUAUUGUUAUUUUUGACACUGAAUUUGUAAACUUAUAUAAGCACUUUAACAUGUUCUCCGGAGCUUUUAUCUGCUAUGUUCCUGGGGUGUAUUUCUUCAACCUGAAUGUGCACACCUGGAACCUGAAAGAGACCUACUUACAUAUCAUGAAAAAUGAUCAGGAAAUGGCUAUCCUGUACGCCCAGCCCAGUGACCGCAGCAUAAUGCAGAGUCAAAGCCUCAUGCUGGAACUAACAGAGAAGGAUGAAGUAUGGGUUAGAAUGUUUAAGCGAGAACGAGAAAAUGCUAUCUACAAUGAUGAAUCUGAUGUAUACAUAAUCUUCAAUGGUUACUUGGUGAAGCCAGCCAUGGAAUAAAAAUGUACAAUUCUCUCUGACUAAAGGAUACCUGUGACAGUAAAGAAAUUCUGCAUGUUUACUGCUAAACUGUUGGCAUUUAAAUCAACAAAACAAAAUAAUCUAAAAAACAUGCAUAUGAGUGAGCAAUAAUAAAAGGGAUAGUGUAUUGUAA